AUGUUAUCACAUGGAAUGGGUUCAUCACUAGGUAGAAAAAAUGAUGAUGAUGAUGUUUCGUUCUAUUUGUCUGGCAGCAUGAGUAAUGGUCAAUAUACAGCUCGUUUGAUAGCUGAUGAAGGUGUUGACUGUGAACAUGAUUUGGUGUACAUGACAAAAACUGUAAUUGCUAAUGAAAAUCAAAUUAUAUACAUCGCUGAAGCACGUGGUUAUUUACGAAUAAUUGUAGUUCAUCUGGAUAAGCGUAAUAAUUUACCAAAUGCCAAAAAUUAUCAGCGAAUAAAACAUGCAUCAAUCUAUGCAAUACCACAACAGUCAAAAUUAACAGAUGAACAUCAAACUUCCUAUGAAUUCCGUUUGUCAUUUUCAAUUGCUGAAUCAAUAUUAGCUAACACACGUUCUACGGUUGAAAAGAAGUUAAAUGACAUUGCACGUCGCAUCUAUUACAAAUAUCUAAAACAAGAUGAUAAUAAUAGUAUUUCAUCUUAUUUUAUUAAAACUUGUGUUCUAUGGAUAUGUGAACUCUAUGAUUUAGAACAUGAUUAUAAAUAUGAACAAAAAGAAGAACUUGAAACUGAUUUAAUUCAAUUUUCUUUACUUAUUUAUCUGUUUUGUCAUAUUGCGCCAUAA